CCCGCCAGUUCGAAAUUUUUGCUUGUUGGGGAAGCUUGAGAGAAUUAUGAAUCCUGUAAUUAGGGUUCAUACUUUCAUUUUCCUCUUCCUCUGCCAUCGGAAAUUCCCCUCAGAACUCGAAGAUGCCGAUCGAAAUGCCCCAAGGCCUGCCAUUUUCAGUGGAUACAUGGACUCCAACUUCUAAGCAAAAGCGCCACCAUUUUCUUACCCACGCUCACAGGGAUCAUACCACUGGGAUUGCCCCCCAUUCUUCCUUCCCCAUCUAUUCUACUUUUCUCACCAAAUCCAUCGUUCUUCAGCAGUUUCCUCUGCUUCAUGAUUCGUUGUUUGUGUGUAUUGAGGUGGGGCAAUCGCUGGUCGUCAAAGAUCCUGAUGGAGCUUUCACCGUUACUGUUUUUGAUGCUCAUCACUGCCCUGGAGCUGUUAUGUUCUUAUUCGAAGGCAAUUUUGGCAAUAUUCUGCAUACGGGUGAUUGUAGAUUAACUCCUGAGUGCCUACAGAACUUACCUGACAAGUAUCGUGGAAAAAGUGGUAAAGAGCCGAGAUGUAAACUAGAUCUGAUUUUUCUAGACUGCACAUUUGGUAGAUUCUUUCAACCAUUCCCUAGCAGGCAUUCAUCAAUACGUCAGGUUAUUAAUUGUAUAUGGAAACACCCUGAUGCUUCGUUAGUAUAUCUGAUUUGCAAUCUUCUAGGACAGGAAGAGAUAUUGCAACAAGUGUCCCAAACAUUUGGUUCAAAGAUAUUUGCUGAUGAAUCCACGAAAGCAGGUUACAAGGCUCUUGAACUUAUAGAUCCCGACAUCCUCACUCAAGAUCCAUCCUCCCGUUUUCAUCUGAUUGAUGGAUUCCCUAAACUAUGUCAAACUGCAAAAACGCUGCUUGCAGAUGCCCAAACUAAUUUUCAGUCUGGACCUCUCGUAAUCCGACCUUCAACCCAGUGGUAUGUUCGUGAGGAAUUGUCAGAGAUUUGCAACACAAGGAAACAAAUAAUUAGUGAAGCAAUUAAAGACCAACAUGGUAUUUGGCAUGUUUGUUACUCGAUGCACUCGUCAAGGGAAGAACUAGAAUGGGCCUUGCAAAUUUUAGCACCAAAAUGGGUUGUUUCAACCACUCCUGGUUGUCGAGCCAUGGAUUUGGAUUAUGUGAAAAAGAAACUCAGUUUUUCUAGUAUAACUUCUAAUGGCCUAAUUUGGAAGCUUUUUGGUAUACCUGAGGAUAGUUCUUCAGAUUUAGAUGCUUCUGUGAUUGAAGUGAGUUGUUCCCCUAUAGUUGAAGCACGAAACGUAGACCCUCAAUCACAGCCGGUGAAAGUGUAUCCUAUUCCUCAAGAAAUGUUAAACAUUUUGUCUUCAAGCAACUUGCCGCCUCUCACAUUAUUCGGACGAGCUAGACUUGCCAUUGAAGAUGCCAUUUUGUUGCCAGAAGUUUCAUAUCCAUCUACAGAGAACGAGCCUGUAGAAGCAGUUGGAGAUAUAGUAGCAGACUUGUCCAUUCAUGAUGCUAACGGUAAGCUGAGUCACAAAUCAUCAAAAAGUUCUAAAAAUGAAGUUCACUCUAAAGGAAAACAUGAGAAGUUUGUGAAUGAUGCGGUAUUAGCUGAUGUAAAUGCCUCACUUUACUCUGAUUGGACUAGGCUCCCUACUUCUGAAAUAAAAGUGGUGUCUAUGAACAAUAACCCGCCAGAAGUAGUCAGCAAUGACGUAGAAGAAGAACAUGUCCAUGAGCAGGAAAGUAGAGCAAAGGGAAAAGAGUCGUUAGACGAUUGUAAAGAUGUCAGUAUUUUUCUCAAGACACACGUUGGAAAGAUAGUUAAUAAUGACAGAAUAGCAAGUUGUAGUAAUUCACAUCUUUUAAGUGUCGGAUCUUCCAAGGGUUUCAAUGACAAGUUUAGAAAGUUGUAUAGGUCAAUGAAUGUCCCUGUGCCCGAGCCUCUUCCUUCGCUGGUGGAACUCAUGAGAUCUAGAAAACGAGCAAAGAGGAAGGGUUAUCUCCGGUCAUAGCAUUUCAACGCUGCUACUAUUCUCGAACAACUUGGAAUUGAGCCUUGUACUAUUACGGGUACAAAAAUGAAAAUAAUGGCCAAAAUUAGAUUUAAUUGUCAACAGAUUUUCCUACCUCUAGAGGGAUAAGUCCUUCCCUUUUUGGCUGGCUAUGGGUAGGAGGGAUUUGAACCCCGACACCACGGUUUGUGACGACAUGCUCUAAUCCUCUGAGCUACAUGUCCUGAUAUUUUUCAAUCUUUUCCAUUUAGUUCUGUAGGAGCAAGUCUUAAGCAAGAAGGACGUAGCAUAGUUCAUUCCCUAUUGGGGGUUAUCCAAGUGAUGAGGUACACAAAUCUUUAUUUGUUGUGUAGUAAAAGAGUAUAGAGGUCAUGAUUAUUGUUUACUUAACUUCAAAGUUGGGUAAGCUUUGUGAAAAUAGCAUUCUUGUUACAGUUCUCCAAAUUCUUGGUUGCUCAAUGUAUAUUAAUAAAUUUGAUCAAUUCUUUUCCUAUACAAGAAUAAAAGAAGCACCAGAUUUGGUGGUUAAUUUUUCAA